ACAUGGCUUCUGGAAUGAAAUUAGGAGACGAGUCAGAGGACACUGCAGAAAAGAAAAUGAAAAACAACCAUACAUUAGCCAGUUGAAUGCCAAAAAGAAACAGUCUCCAAAGCUACAGAGAAGAAGCUCAUGAAGGAGCCAAAAGCCAGAGAGACGAAGUUUUCCAAAGUGACUGGACAGAAAACAGAAGAGGUGACACCAAAGAAAAGCCAGGUCAAAUCCACAGUGGUUUCGGGUCAAGGACAACCUUCCAUGUCUAUCCUAACAAGGGCAGUGGCAAAGGGGAAAUUUCAGAAGGUUUCUGACACCUUGGUGCUUAAAGCAGGAGAAACAUUGGACUUGCGCUGCAAAGGAAAGGCUGUCAAAUGGAGAUAUCCCCUCUACCUGGAGGAUGAUGAUGUUGAAAGACGUCUCCGAAUCAAACACUUUGAGAGGCACAGCCAGCUGAUAGUUCUCAACUCCACAGCUGCCGAUACAGGAGAGUAUAGCUGUUGGUCCUUCCAGUGCCAUGACAGUGAGUGCCAUGACGGAGAGGACAGGCAGGGCCAAACAUACAUCUUCUUCACAGACCCUCAGGAGCUAUUUGUGCCUACAGAAAAUUAUUAUGAAGUCAUCCAGAUGCGGACAAACCAUCCCACACUUUUGCCAUGCCAAGUGACUGAUCCACGGGCCAAAGUGACACUACACCGGGAGUUCCCACCUGAGAAAGUGCCGGUGGAUGGCAUCAACAUCUCCUAUAAUGUGAAGAGAGGGUUCACAAUCCAUCGGCCGCAUCCUUCCUAUGCUGGCUCCCUGUACUGCAUGGCAAACAUGAACAGAGUGAGGCAGAUCUCCACAAAAUAUAUGCUGAUUUAUGUGAAUUAUCCCUCCUCAGUUCCUAAACCUGCUGUCCGAGCCUCAUCUGCCCUCUUUCAGAUUGGAGACAACUUCAAUGUCACCUGCACUGUGUUUGGGGAACCAGAAAUAGCUGUUGACUUCACCUGGGAAUAUCCAGGACAGCAAAUGGGUAGGCCACCAUACGUUCGUGAGCGUGCAGACUUGGUGCGACAUGGUGGGCAGGUGCGGAAGGAAUCCGAAAGCAUCCUUUACAUAGAUGAAGCACGGGCUGUGGAUGAUGGGCUGUACCAUUGCACUGCUGAAAAUCUGCAGGGCACCACUACAGUGUCUACUCGAAUUCGCUUGCUUCCCACCACACCAUCUCCAAAGAAGACAAGGUCUGAGUAACCCCCC